AUGCAAGUUUUCAUUCGCAGCCUCAAUGGUAAAUUCUUUACAGUUGAAGUCCCAGAAGGACUCACUCUUGAGGAACUCAAGGCAAUCACUGGUCUUGAACUUGCCGGCACAGUUUUCGAAAACUCCGUUGUUGACGAAUUCGAAGUUGAUGAUGGCGGCAAGAAGAAGAAGAGGAAGAAAAAGAACUUCGUUUCCAAGAAGCGUGUUCCACACCAGCGCAAGAAAGAGAAGCUGAAAAUCCUUAAGCUCUUCAAGAUCGGCAAGGAUGGCUCAGUUGAAGCCCAACGCAAGGAGUGCCCACACUGCAAGGGCUGCUUCCUUGCUAAACACAAAGAUGGUCGCCAAUACUGCGGCAACUGCCAUUACACAGUUGACAAGGAAGGAAAGCAAAUCAAGUCUAACUAA